GCCCCGCGGCCGGAGGCAUGCCGUACCUCGGCUCCGACGACGCGGUGAAAGAGCUGAAGAAGGCCCUGUGCAACCCGCACGUCCAGGCCGACCGGCUGCGCUACCGGAGCGUCAUCCAGCGCGUGAUUAGGCACAUGACUCAGGGAUUGGACAUGUCUGCCGUUUUCAUGGAGAUGGUGAAGGCCAGUGCCACCAUGGAUAUUGUUCAAAAGAAGUUGGUUUAUCUGUAUAUGUGCACCUAUGCCCCUCUGAAACCAGACUUGGCUCUCCUGGCCAUCAACACUCUGUGCAAAGACUGCUCGGACCCCAACCCGAUGGUGCGAGGGCUGGCACUACGGAGCAUGAGCAGCCUCAGGAUGCCUGGUGUACAGGAAUAUAUCCAGCAGCCCAUUCUCAAUGGUCUGCGGGAUAAGGCUUCAUAUGUUAGAAGAGUGGCUGUUCUUGGAUGUGCCAAAAUGCACAAUCUUCAUGAAGACUCUGAAGUGGAUGGUGCCCUGGUGAAUGAAUUAUACAGCCUGCUGCGUGACCAAGAUCCAAUUGUGGUUGUGAAUUGCCUGAGGUCGCUCGAGGAAAUUCUGAAACAGGAAGGCGGUGUGGUCAUCAAUAAGCCCAUUGCUCACCAUCUCUUAAAUCGCAUGUCAAAACUGGACCAGUGGGGCCAAGCUGAAGUACUGCACUUCCUUCUGCGCUACCAGCCCCGCAGCGAGGAAGAGCUGUUCGACAUCCUCAACCUCUUGGAUGGCUCCCUCAAGAGCGGGAGCCCCGCUGUGGUGAUGGCAGCCACGAAGCUCUUCCUGAUCCUGGCCCAGAAGUUCCCUCAUGUCCAGACAGACGUGCUGGUGCGAGUCAAGGGGCCCUUGCUGGCUGCUUGCUCCUCAGAGAGCCGUGAACUCUGCUUUGCUGCUCUUUGUCAUGUGCGCCAAAUCCUGCGGAGUUUGCCCGGCCAUUUCAGCAGCCACUACAAGAAGUUCUUUUGCUCCUACUCGGAACCCCACUAUAUCAAGCUCCAAAAGGUGGAGGUGUUGUGUGAGUUGGUGAAUGACGAGAAUGUGCAGCAGGUGCUGGAGGAGCUUCGAGGGUACUGUACCGACGUGUCCGCCGACUUUGCCCAGGCUGCCAUCUUUGCCAUAGGUGGCAUUGCCAGGACCUACACAGAUGAGUGUGUACAGAUCCUCACAGAGUUGGUUGGUCUUCGACAGGAGCACAUCACCACUGCUGUGGUGCAGACCUUUCGAGACCUGGUCUGGCUGUGUCCUCAGUGCACGGAAGCCGUGUGUCAGGCCCUGCCCGGCUGUGAGGAGAGCAUUCAAGAUAGUGAGGGGAAGCAAGCGCUGAUUUGGCUCCUGGGCAUCCAUGGGGAAAGAAUUCCCAACGCACCUUAUGUGUUGGAAGAGUUUGUGGAGAAUGUGAAGUCAGAGACGUUCCCUGCUGUCAAGAUGGAACUCCUCUCAGGCCUGCUGCGCCUCUUCCUCUGUCGUCCUGCCGAGUGCCAGGACACGCUGGGCCGCUUGCUGUGUUACUGCAUAGAGGAAGAGAAAAACAUGGCAGUUCGGGACCGAGGGCUCUUCUAUUAUCGCCUCCUCUUGGCGGGUAUUGAUGAGGUGAAGCGGAUCCUGUGUAGCCCUAAAUCUGACCCUUCUCUUCGGCUUUUGGAGGAUCAGGCAGAAAGACCGGUGAAUAGCUGGGCCUCUGACUUCAACACUCUGGUGCCCGUGUAUGGCAAAGCCCGCUGGGCAACCAUCUCCAAGUGCCAGGGGCCAGAGCAUCGUGGCCCAGAGCCUGCCAACCCUGCAUCUUUUGCCACGUCAGGACCUUUGAUUCUUGAAGAGAACCAGGAGAGGGGGCAGGAACUCCCUGACUCUGGAGCCCUCAUGCUCAUCCCCAAUCGACAGCUGACGGCUGAGUGUUUCGAGAAAACAUGGCUAAGCCUGGAAGUUGCUCGGCAACAGGUGAUCCCCUGGCAGGGAGCAGUUCAUGCUGAUACCCUCCAGAUGGCUCUGCAAGUAGUGAACAUCCAGACCAUCGCAAUGAGCAAGCCUGGUGCCCAGCCAUGGAAAGCCUACCUCAGUGCGCAGGAUGAGGUGGGCUGUCUAUUCUUGACAGAACUCUUGGUGGAGCCCGAGAACAUGGAAGUGCAGAUCUCUGUCAAACAAAGUAAGGCGAGGAUGGAGACCCUGAACGGUUUCAUGUCAGUCUUAGAGAUGGUGAUCGGGACCGUCGGAAACAUAAAGUCCUAACCAGACCUCGCAGCUCUCCGAAGCUUCUUCCUAGAGGAGUUGCUUACAACCUGGAUAAUGUCAAGUGCAGUGAAGAAUGGGGAAGGCAAGAAUCAGGAUUUUUAUGUUUUUGCCUAAAGACCAUUGACUUACUCCUUUCAUUCUUACGAUCAAGUGAAUGCUUCUCCCAGGCCCUCUCUCCCCCAUAUAGUUUUUUAAAUAAAAGUUUAUGUGGGUAAGGUAUAGAAA